GUAGCUGGGUUGGGCUGGCAAGGCAAUGUCAUUAUUGUCAGUCGGAAAAUUUUUGUUGACAAAGGUGGUUCAUCUUUCAGAUUUCUCUAAUAAAUCUCUGGGUGAAAAGUGAGUGACUAAAGAAUAGCUUUCGUGAAGAGACUUUCGUGUCACGUGUGAGCGUAACGUGAUUCACAUCACAACGCCUAAAUACGCCCAAAAUUUGCGUCAUCGUGAACUAUCUAUCUCUCUCGCACAAUGUUUUUUAAUUCUUGGUUGGCAGAACUUACGGAUUUGCCCAUUGAUUUGAUCAAUUUUUUGAUCAGUCAAUGUUUGGCCCUACUUUUGGCAUCGUUCUUCCGGUCAGUGUUGCACCCGUCGAAAGUUCCUGCAAGCGUACGUCAUGCCAUUGGCCUUGUAUUGGGUCUCUUCUUUGGCUACUUCUGCUUCGGACAGCAAGCCAUUCAUAUUGCUGGUCUUCCUGCAAUAUGUUACAUUGUGAUUCGCACACAGAAUCCACAAAUUGUACAACGUCUUGUAAUGGUUGUGGCCCUAUUGUAUCUAUCGUGCAUUCAUUUGCAUCGUCAAUACUACGACUAUGGGUCGUAUUCAUUGGAUAUAACAGGUCCCCUUAUGAUCAUUACACAAAAGGUCACGAGUCUAGCAUUCAGCAUCCAUGACGGAUUCACAAGGGAACAGAAAGAGCUCACUAAAAGUCAACAGUACCAUGCUGUCAAGAAACUUCCAUCAGCCCUCGAGUUUUUCUCAUAUGCCCUACAUUUCCAGGGCAUCCUAGCAGGACCUAUUGUUUUCUAUCGUGAUUACAUGGAAUUCAUUGAGGGCUACCACAUCUUGAAACAUGCUCCGGGUACAACAUCUGCAAUAAAUCGGUCUAAUAUAGUACAUGAACCAUCACCCAUGAAGAGUGUUAUUAAUAAAGUGGCAGCAAGUCUCGUGUGUGCCUAUAUCUUCAUGAAGUUUGUGACAAUGUACCCAAUAGAAACAAUCAAAGACGAUGAAUUCAUAAACAAUACAACAAUGGCAUACAAAAUGUGGUUCGUAAUGAUGGCAACAACAGCGUGCAGAUUCAAGUACUACCACGCUUGGCUCUUUGCUGAUGCCAUCUGCAACAACUCAGGCCUCGGGUUCAAUGGCUAUGAAGCCGAUGGAACGGCCAAAUGGGAUAUGAUCUCCAAUAUAAAUGUGAUUGGCUUCGAGUUGGGUACAAACUUCCGUGAUUGUAUCAAUUGCUGGAAUAUGGGGACAAAUCGUUGGCUUCGCAUGACUGUUUAUGAGCGUGUGCCAAAGAAGUACGGUACAAUGUUAACUUUUGCUCUCAGUGCUCUCUGGCAUGGAUUCUAUCCUGGAUAUUAUGUAACUUUUGCCGGUGGUGCACUGUUUGUAAUGGCGGCAAGAUCCGCCCGACGAAUGUUCCGCCAUCGAUUCCAAAAAACUGCAUUUGUUCGUCGCUUUUACGAUAUUCUUACGUGUUUUGUUACAAGAUUCUAUAUGGGAUAUGCCACAUUUCCAUUUAUCGUCCUUGAAUUUAAGGCCAGUCUUACUAUGUACCUGAAAUUUUACAUGUGCCUUCAUACGAUUGCCCUCGUAACGAUCUUCAUCCUACCACGCUUCAUUCGCGGUGAGAGGAAUACCAAGAAGACGGCUGUGGUAACAUUGGGUGCAAGAUCCGGCGAAGGGAAUGCGGAAGAUGAGGAGAAGGAGCAGAAUAGUGGGGAAAAGUCAAUGGGAAUACAGGCUGUGGGUGAAGGACGCAAUGAUCCACUACCGGAGAUGGAUAGUGAUGCACUAGCGUCAGUGAUAAAGAAGAACAUCGAAAUGGAGGCACGAAACCUUGAGGAAUUCUUGGAGAAGAAGGCCAAGGGGAUUGUUGAACUGAAGGAGGAUCUAUGGCAGGAGUUGAAUGACAUGGAACUGCGACGGAGGUAUCCAGAUGACAUAUCGCCAGACGUUGGAGUCGAUGCGUUUAUCAAGAAGGAAAUUAAUGCUCUCAACCAAGCCGUACAGCAGGCUACAGUCUUGCCAGCGGUGCUCAGCAAUGGACACGCCAAGUAGGUGACAUCAUUCUACAUAAUAAUCUUCGUUUUCCUAUAUUAUAAACUACUCCAAAUUCUAUCAGCUUCCCAUGAGGUUUUGUUUCUCAGAUUUUGUGUCAUAUGAAUAAUAUUUUGGAUAUAGAUUUUUUGGGCAAAUUGUUUUGUAAUAAAUUAAAUGCUUUUGAUCGAGGCUAUUUUAGUUAUCUUAAAAAAAAUUAAAAUAUAAGAUAAGAAAACUCAGUCUUUAAACUUUUGUAUUUUGAGACAAUUUAAUAUUGGAUUUCUUUAUCUAUAGUAUGCAAAACAUAGGUAGGUAACUAUCUUAUAUUUCUAGUUUAGAAAAUUGACAGCAAUAGCCUCGAUUGCUUAUAAAACAUAUUUAGAAAUUUAUAAUACGGAUAGGGUGAGAAUUGAACAGGUUUUACGUAUUAAAAGAACCUUUAGGAAAAAAUCAUAAGCAAAAAUUAAACAA